AUGGAGCACAGUCACAUCUUUCCUGUUUUAAACCUAAACGGCAGCUGGAGCCCGGGACAGCAUCCCCCGGAGGUCAUCCAGGGUUGCCCUCUCAGACCACUGCCUGUGAUCUACUACAGUGCCCUGCUCUGUCUUGGUUUGCCAGUAGCCAACAUCCUGACAGUUGUGAUCUUGUCCCAGCUGGUGCUGCGUCGUCAGAAGUCCUCCUAUAACUAUCUCCUGGCCCUGGCAGCGGCUGACAUCCUGGUGCUGUUACUCAUCGUUUUUGUAGACUUUAUUUUGGAAGAUUUUAUUUUAGCCACACCUCUGUCCCCAUCUCUUAACAGCGCUGUACAAGUGCUUGAGUUCUCCUCCAUCCAUACCUCCAUAUGGAUCACUGUCCCUCUCACCGUCGACCGAUAUAUCGCUGUGUGUCACCCACUGCGAUACCACACGGUGUCCUACCCGGCCCGCACACGACGGGUCAUAUUUGCAGUGUACAUUGGGUGCUUGCUGUCGGCCGCGCCUUACUACUGGUGGCCUGAGCUGUGGCACAGUCUGUACGGGACGGGGGGUGUGGUUGGGGGAGAUGUGACCCGGAGAACUGCAGCUCAGCACGUUCUGGUUUGGGCCCAUUGCACUACUGUCUACCUCCUGCCCUGCACCGUCUUCUUCACCCUCAACGCUGUUAUUGUCCGCAAACUCCGCCGCAGACGCAACUGUUUCCGCCUUCGUGGCUACUCAACUGGAAAGACCACCGCCAUCCUGCUUGCAAUCACCUCCAUCUUCGCAGUUUUGUGGGCGCCGCGUACCCUCAUGAUCCUGUAUCACUUCUACUCGCCUCCUCCUGCCUCUCAGGGGGCCAGCCAGUUGCUACACCUUCUCACCGAUCUGGCGAACAUGCUCGCGCUGCUCAACACUGGGGUGAACUUUUUCCUGUACUGCUUCAUCAGUAAGCGUUUUCGGGGCAUGGCGGCCAACGUUCUGCGAGCCCUGCUCCACUGCCGAAAGCAACCCCCACCAUUUUAUGCUAGCCACAACUUCUCCAUCACAAGUAGCCCUUGGAUCUCUCCAGCCAACUCCCAUUGCAUUAAAAUGUUAGUAUACCAGUAUGAUAAAAACGGGAAGCCCAUCUGCAUUUCUUCGUGA